AUGGAACUGCACGUGUGGCCUUCGGAUUUUGGCCUUCCUUCCAUAGAUGUAUCUUCACUGCAGUUUUUGGUUCAAAUCAAUAUUUGAAUUCCGAAAAAAGGAAAAUUAUCUUCUCAGGCGUGCGCGAAGAUGUGUGCCAGCCCUAUUCAAGUAAUUUCUUCGAAAAGCCCCUGGAACUCCCCUACUGGUAGGUUCUUUUGAUUUUUUCGAAUAAAAUUAUUUCUUCCAGGUGAAUAUCCAGUACUUUUCGAUAAAACAAAUGAGAAAACCGCGGCCAUCACUGAUUUUGAUAAGUACGUUGAGAAUUUAAUUUAUUCCGGAAAAUAAUCUAGUUUCUAAGGUACGUAGAUGUUCUGCGACGUUCUGGCCAAGACGUCGUGAUUGAUCAACUGCUGACUUCCCAAGAUCGAGCCCAGCUCGACGCUUUUUUUCAUGCUAUCUUCAUCAAAAAUUUGAACCCAGCAGUGGUUGGUUCAUUUUUUUAUUAAAAAAAUUAAUGACUAAAUUCAGCUCCAAGCUUUUUGGGCAGAUGACCUCAAUUACCACACGGUGACCCAGCAUUGGUAUUCGUCUCGUCUGCAUUUCCCAUAUAACCUAUAUUACCUGGAAAAACGGAGAAAACUCGCGAUUCGUCGAUUGGAAGGCAAAAGUACUACAACUGUGCUGAAAAAUGCGUUCCAGGUUUUUUUCUCUGUUUUCUUUGUUGUAGAUUGACAAAAACUCUCAGGCUCUCAAUGUUUUAUCUACUAAACUGGGCGACAAUAAGUUCUUCUGCGGCAAUAAGUUGGCUUCUGGAAGGCAUUCUUUCAAUUGUUAUCUGUAAUUGCAGGCCAACUUCCCUGGACGCUCUAGUUUUCGGCUAUUUAGCUCCUUUGUUGCGUGUUCAACUGCCAAAUGAUCGGCUUUAUGUCCAGCUUACCGCUUGCCCCAAUUUGGUAUAAAUUUGAAUUUUUUGGAAUCACCUUAAUCAAUGGGUUUCAGGUGAGGUUUGUCGAAACAGUUUCGACUAUCUACCUUCCAUUAACGGAAGAACAACUCAAGACACAACAGGUAGAGUCAAAUUUGGCGUUCUUUCAUUAUUUUUUCCUUUUAGCUUAAAACAUAUUUCUCAAAUCACACGAAAGUUUCAAAUUGAAUAGAUCUUUUAUAAUAAAUUUUCAAAGUCCUGGGAAGAUUUUUAGUGGCCGCUAUAGAGGACUUCUUGAAGAGGACACUAAAAGGCCACUAAACCCACCUCUAUAGUGGCCACUUCAGUAUUUUUUCAUCCCGUAUUCCUUUCAGUAACUCUGAUAAUUUUAAAACAAACAGAUUGGACCAGGUACGUGGAUCCUUUGGCCCCUAAAGUGGCCACUAAUUUUUAGUCUCUUAAGUGGCCAAUAAUUUGACUACUAUAGUGGCCCUUUAACGUCAAAAACCAAUAGUAGCCACUAACAGUUUUCCCAGUCAUUUUGAAGAAGGAACUAGAAUGUGAUAAAUAAAAUAUCAAUUGCAAUUAUCUGAAAGUUUUCUUCAAAAUUGUUUAAAGGAUGUAGGGCACCGACAAGACACUUGAAGCUUUGCCAUUUUCUCAAAUUUUUACUAAAUUACAAAUUAAAUUUUACCCGCCUUUUGAUACUCACAACAUUGCUUCCCUCUUUUGAGUCGUUCCCAUGUUGCAGCUCGAUCGGAAAAUGUGGCAGCAAAGGUUGCAAAAAGCCAAAGCCGAGAAGGAGUUGAUCAAAGUGAGACCUCUUUUUUUGUAUCAAACAGGUUGUUUGUUCUCUAGAACUCGGAGACGUCAGCAGGCGAAGUUUCGGCGGCCGAGGAGCCCCCCAUGCGAGAUUCCAUCCUUUUCGCCGUUGCCGCCGUCACUCUCUCCGUUUUAUUCGCUUUACAUUCUGGAAUUAUACAGGUUUUACCAUUUCACAUACCUUUUUUAGCCUCUUAUAUCAAUUUUUCAGGUCACAGUUGAAGAUGAUGCAGAGGUCAUUGCCGAAUGA